AUGAGUUUGAAGCAAUGGAGCUCCGGCGCGCGAUCUUUGCCUCGUGCCGCCAUGAGACUUUACAGCACCUCAGCAUUACCAGCAGCUGAUGCUGUUUCCGAGCAGCCUCCUGUCGCCCCUGCUGCUCCCAGCCAACCUCCCGCCAACGUUUACUCUUCUCUCAUUUUGUCGCGGAUACCCAUUGUCACUCCUGAGCUGACUGAAUUUGAGAAAGCCUACUACAAAUACCAGAGCGAACUUGAGCGCAGACUCAUGUGGACUUUCCCAGCCUACUUUUACUUCAAGAAGGGUACUCUUUCUGAACGUAAGUUUGCGGCUGCUCAAAAGGGUCCCGUCACUCGCCAGCCCGGUGUCUGGUACCCCAGAGGUAUUCCCGAUGUUAAAUUCAACCGUGAGCGUCGUUUCAAGCAAGAGAUUGUAAUCCCCCGCGAAAACGCUGCCAACGGUCUUGACGAAGGCAGCGAGGACUCCGUUCUCCGUCCCAUUGUCGGCAACCCCAGAAUCACUGAGGCUGAUACCAAGGGUGACACCAAGGCCCUCACACGCCGUCUCGACCGCACUCUGUACCUCCUUGUCAAGCAACAGGAGUGGAAGUUCCCCUCGUUUGGUCUUCAGGCCAAGGAACCUUUGCAUGAAGCUGCCCAACGUGGUCUUACCGAGAUUGGUGGUCCCAACAUGUACACUUGGACCGUCAGUAAUACCCCCUGCGCUGUUUUACGAUACAGUGAUGCUCAGCGCAAGGCCAUUUUGAACGGCAACUCGGAGCAGACCCAGAGCAAAGAGUACUUAAUUAAAUCACACAUUCUUCACGGCAAGUUUGUUCCAGCGGCAAAGGGUGUUGCUGAUUUCGCAUGGCUGACAAAGGAGGAAAUUAAGGAGAAGGUUACCAAGGACUACUGGGAGCAGGUUGAAGUUUUGCUUUCUAACCAGUAG